AUGACGUUCAACGAUGAUAUUAUCAAACUGCAGCAGAACCGCUCAGUUCAAGAACCUCUACCAUCUGGUAUCGCUCCAUACACUUGCUCUGCCUUCUUCAAGAGCCGUGAACAUGGAUUGAAGCCAAAGGCCCGGCGCUGGGAUCAUCUGCUCAGCAAAGAAAGUCACGAUUUGAAACCUUCACCCCUUAAAACAGCCUCACGAGCCAGCGGACAGAAGAAGCUGAUCAGCUUAGGCACAGCUCGUCCUGCUCCACAAUAUUUUCCCUGGGAGUCCCUGUCACUUCGAUGCCUCCAAGAUGCCGGUACCGAGCAAGGACAACCAGCGCCAACGGCUUCAAUGGCUUCAGUCAAGCUUGAACAGGCAUACGACCUAGGUGUGGCAAUGAACUACGGUUUCUCGGCAGGGUCACCUCAAACGCUGAGAUUUAUGACGGAACACAUCGAAAUUAUUCACAAGCCUCCUUACGAGGAUUGGGAUUGUGCCUUGACCUGCGGAACGACUUCGGCCAUUGAAAUUGCAUUCCGUAUAUUUUGCAACCCUGGGGACACCAUUCUCACGGAGAAUUACACUUACUCCGGGGCCAUGACUUGUGCUCAUGUCCAGGGCCUUCAUAUACUCGGCAUCGAAAUGGACGAUCUGGGCCUGCUUCCAGACGAUCUUGACCACAAACUUCGGACAUGGGACUACAAAAAGGGUCCAAAGCCAUCAGUCUUGUACAUGGUCCCGACUGGACAGAAUCCUACGUCAAUUACGCAGAACCUAAAUCGUCGAAAACGGAUAUAUGCGGUUGCAGAGCAGCAUGAUCUCUACAUACUCGAGGAUGACCCAUAUUACUUCCUUCAAUUAGGCAAAUCGGAACGCGCAAUGGAAUCUGCACAACUCUACAAGACAAAGGCAAAUGAGGAGUUUUUCAAUAGUCUUCCACCCUCAUAUCUUUCACUUGAUGUGUCUGGCCGUGUCCUUCGCAUGGAUACAACAUCCAAGAUUCUCGCUCCGGGCCUGAGAUGUGGUUGGGUCACCGGGAGUUCCCAGGUCAUUCAGAAGUUUGUGUCCUACUCCGAGAUUGGUGUGCUAUGUCCCAGCGGACCGUCGCAAGUCAUGUUGUAUAAACUUCUUGACGAGACUUGGGGCCACGACGGUUUCUUCAGUUGGCUCAGGUCACUUUCGCUGCAGUAUCGCUGCCGGCGCGAUAAUCUGCUGGAAUCAUGUGAGCGCUUCCUUCCCUCCCACAUCUGCGAGUGGAAAGUUCCGGCGGAGGGCAUGUUUCUGUGGAUUAAGGUGAACAUUUCCGCAUACCGGCAAUCACACACUGCCGGCCUUGAAGAUGGUGAUGUGGCUCACUAUCUUGCUGUCGAGGACAGGAUUUAUCAGAAGGCCCACGAUAACGGAGUUCUCGUCAGCAAAGGAAGCUGGUUCAUUGCCGAUGUUCAGACACUACAGGGUGUCAACUUCCGAUUGACAUUCGCGGCUGCGCCUGUACACGAAUUGGAUGAAGCCUUGCAGCGCUUUGCCAGUGCUCUGGAAACCGAGGUAUGCUGA